GUGCUGGUGCAACAUACACUCGGCAAGUGCCAGCUAUUAAAAGGAAAUUUGAUUACGGAGCAAUGAUAUUCAUUCUCACAUUUAACUUGGUGGUAAUAUCGGGUUUACGUGCUGAGCAAGUGCUGGAAUUAGCCCGUGACCGUCUCUCCGCCAUCGCUAUGGGCUUCGCUGUCUGCCUUUUCGUAAGUUUGCUUGUGUUUCCUAUUUGGGCUGGUGAUGAACUUCAUGACUCGUUAGUCUCCCGAUUCCAACACCUCGCUGUCUCUCUCCAAGGAUUUUGUGAAGAAUACACUGGAAAUGUGGAUGAAGAUGGGAAGAAGAUUAGUGCUGAUUUCAGUAGUAAAUGUAAAUCAGUCCUGCACACCAAGAUAAAGGACGAAACAUUGGUAAGUUUUGCGAAAUGGGAACCUUGGCAUGGAAAAUUUGGAUUCUUCUAUCCUUGGGGAAAAUACCUAGAAAUAGGAGAAGAUCUAAGAGAUUUGGCUACAAUCAUCCUUUCACUUAAAGGCUGCCUUAGAUCACCCAUUCAGUCAUCGGAAGAUGAUACUGUUCGCCAAUCGAUGAAAGAACCGUGUGAAGAAAUUGUAGCAGCACUGGCACUGAUGUUAAGGCAGCAGGGAGACGGUGUAAAAGAGAUGAAGAAAUGUGAAUACGAAGAUAUGAUAUUGUCGAAAUUGAAGACGGUGAGGCAAGAACUAAGCCUGCUUGCCAAUCCUUCCACGGUUGGAAUUAGUCAUUUGGAGAAAACUGAUGGAUUAGGAUUAGCAAGCUUCGUAUGCUCCAUGAUGGAGAUGGUGGAAAAGAUGGAAGAAUUGGCCAAACAUGUCGACCAACUUGGACAGCUUGGUGGUUUCACAUGAUUGAAUUAUUCCAAGCAAUAUAUCUUAUUAAAAUUCCAAGCUAUGUACAUAUAUGUUUGUUUUACUCUACAUAUGUAUAUACUCAU